AUGUAUCCAAAUGACCCAUACAAUGAUCCACGAUACGGGCGUUGGAGUCCUGCAUCAGACGUCAAUAUUUUUACGCCUGAGCCUCGACUGUCCGGUCAAGCAGAGAACUACCUUGAUUCGGUUGGGGAAGGUGAAAAGGUUCUCAUUGAAUGGAACAAUCCUGACGAUGGCGGCAUAACCUUCCCCCCAAUCCGGAGAAGACAGAACCCUGAGUCAAAUUGGAACCAGGAUUUGUGGCCAGAAAACCUGGUGCAUGGAAAGGAUCAAUGGAGCAAGAGUCAUGUCAAAAGCUUCUAUCUGCUAAAUGAGGACGAUUUGCAAGACCUCUGCUACAUUAAAAUAUACAGAGGUUUGGCUGCGGCACAACGAAGAGCCAGUACGUCAUUAGCAGAAAGAAGGCGAAACAAUUAUGAGAAAGAGCAACUGCGUCGGAAAAUUGAAGAGACCAAGAAACGUGUUUCUAAAUCCAAGAAGUCCAAGAAAGCUCAAAUAAAGAAGAAGAAAAGGGCCACUCAGAAAUCUAAGAAUCAAGCUACAAGUAAUGCAAGUCGAUUUGACGACCAAGAUACAGACUUGGAUGCUCUUAAUCUUAGUCUGCGCAAGCUAUCCGGAAAUAUGGCAGCAUUCUAUCACGAAUUGUUUUGA